CUGUCGUCAUCAGGGAAGCUUCGUCUGACGACAUUCAGUAUUCACACAAAUGCCGUGCACGAAUGUAUUUAUCUGUUGAGAGGAGAUGGCUGCUCACCCUUCAGAGAUGGAGUCUCAGAAUUCAACCCUGAACUGCGUCAUAUGCCUGGAGCGUUUCCGGAUCCCCGUCACCAUCCCCUGCGGUCACACCUUCUGUCAAAGGUGCAUCACCAUUCACUGGGACACCAAGAGCAAGGCCGAUAUCGGACCUCGGUGCCCAAUCUGCAACGAGGAGUUCGCCACCAGGCCCAUCCUCAAGCGUAAUGUGUCCAUGUCGGUCUUGACCGAGGCUGCAAACAGCACCGGCCCCUCCUGCAGAGAGUCGCUCAUGAGGGGAGGCGAAGGGGCGAGACCCAUGCUACUGUGUGACCGCCAUAAAAAGCCUCUGGUUUAUUACUGCAGGCAGGACAAAAUGUCUGUGUGCUGCGAGUGUGGCAUCUCACAGUGCGUGAACCACGAGAAGGUCUUGUUGGAGGCCGAAAGGGAAAAUCAAGAGCUGCUGCUGGAAAGGAAGAGUACGGAGGUCGGGAAACUCACUGAAGAGACGCAGAAAAGUAUUGUGGACUUGGCUGAGAAUAUCAAUCAAGCUAAGGUGACUCUUCAGCAGACUUCUUCCUGGGUCAGUGUCAAGUUCUCCUCCCUGAUUAAAACACUGGCUGAGAAGCAGGAGGCUACAGAGCUCUUCAUUGAGGAGCAGAAAGAAGCUGCCAUCGCCGAGGCGGAGGCACGGCUAGCUGAACUCGAGCAGCGCUCCCAGAUACUACGAGAGAGCCAGGGACAGAUAGCGGCGGUGCAUGACCUCUCUGAUACAGAUCUCAUCAAGGAAUCGAUGGUCCUAGAAGUUCCACGUUUCAAAGAUAUUCCCACAGAUGUAACGCCAAACCUUCCAGAGCGAUUGAACGGUGUCACCGAUGUCCUUACCCGAGUCUCCAAGCUGGUGUUUGAGGACCUAGAGAAAGCUGUGAGCGCCGCUGUGGGUCCGGACGAAGAUGGUUCUCCUCAGGAUAAGAAGCCGAUGCUAGCUGUGGUUCCCAGUCCAGCCACUCCGUGCCACCCGGGUGGGAAGGAGGGCCUCAGCGCUUACCGGUGCGCUCUGACCUUUGACCCCCGCACGGCCAACGGGCACCUGUUUCUGUCCCAGGAGUACCGGAAGGCGGAGCACCUGACCUCCGGGCCACGCCCCGUCCCGGCCAAUGAAGCACGCUUCGACCACACGUGGCAGGUGCUCUGCUUUCAGGGCUUCACUCGUGGACAGCACUACUGGGAGCUAGAGGUGUCCAAGCCCUGGGCCUACCUCGGGGUGACCUACGAGACCAUCCCCAGGAAGGAGAAGGGCAAGCGGUGCAUGGUGGGUAUGAACGAGCUGUCCUGGAGCCUGCAGCUGGACCAGCAUCAGCUCAGCGCCUGGCACAACGGCCGGCGGGAGACUCUGGCCGGCCUCUCGCAGCACAGCUGCAUCGGCAUGCUGCUGGACUACGAGGCGGGGACGCUCACCUACUACGGAGACGGGCAGACCAGGCUCCACGCCUUCCACUGUGCCUUCAGCCGGGAGCUGUUCCCCGCCUGCUGGAUAGGUGAGGGGGUCAGCGUCACCCUCUGCUCCACAUGAGCUGAAUCAUAAAAGGGAAGAAGGGACCUCAGUAAUGAGAAGCACUAUCAAACAAAGGCACUAGCAGACUCAACAUAGAGGAUCCCCCUUAAACAUUUGGGAGGUUUUGUUUCUUUUCCUUUUUUUCCUUCUUUACAAUAACUUUCUUCCGACAAUGUUUUAAGCAGAAGAACUGACUGUAGUCGGCCUUCUACCCGCAAACUGUCCACCUGGCUGUGACUUAUUACAUAAUUACUUACCACACAAUAACAGCUAAGGAACUGGUCUCAAACUCUGGUCCCGAAGAGCCUCAGGGUUCUAUUGUAAGGACGACAAUACAUCAUUUCUUCACAGCAUAGAUGAAAUAACCCUCAUUUUAGGAUAGACGUCUGCUUUCACGAAGGAAAAGCCCAAUCCCCUCAACUCAGUGUGUCAGACUAUUGUACUUUCACUACACAAAAUUGAGUUUCCUUGUUUCACUGCAAGGCAAUACACAUUAUUAUGAAAUCCAUCGAGGGAUUAGUUAGAAACCAGAGAGUACAGUACUGUGCCCGACUCUGGUCACCUCUGAAGAAAUAGUUAAUUUUUGGGAGAUUUUUGGUAAAGAAGCUACAGCCAGUAGCCGGUUAGCCUAGCUUAGCAUAAAGACUGGAAACAGUCUAAUUAACGCAUUACCUGGCAACCAGUGGAGACUACAGGAAGUAGAAUAAAUAGUCCACAAAACUUCCGUAAAACUACAACCUGUGGUUUUUACACUUUUUUUUCAACGAGUUAAAAUCGGUGAGCUUUAGAGGUGCUGGUUGGUGACUUUUGUUACUUGUUAGGACAGAGCAAGGCCAGCUGUUUCCAGUCUUUAAACUAAGAUUAGCUAACGUCUGAUUGCUGUAGAUUUAUAUUAAGCUGACAAACACCGAGUUGAGUCACUCUUAUCUCAGCCAGAAAGUGAAUAAGUGUAUUUCCUCCUGGUGUAAGCGUCUCUAACUGACCACUGCCGGGUUUUUUUUUUUAUUAAGUCUGCUCUUCUAAUGUGGGGAUGGAAAUAGAUGAAAUCCUGCCUGGGCUACACUGGCACACACAUAUAGCAGUAUGAGAAAGCCAGAGACCUUCUUGCAUUGCUGUUAGAAGCCAUUUGUUGAGGAAUGAGUUAAUACAUCACCCUUGCUGUCUGGAAAUUUUGGUUAUACUUGAAUUUUUAAAAUUUUAUGUUCAAGUACUGGCCUUCAAGUGGGGAAAAAAAGAAAAAUUGCUCAUUGGUGCACAAACCUUUCACAACUUUUUUGGUUUCUGGGCAGAAUUCCGCCUCAGAAGAAAGUGAGCCAGUUCAUAAUGUUGUGCAUACGGGACAAUAAGCCACAGCAGGGUGUCGUGAAUAUAAUUAAUUUUAUUAGACACUGUCCCGUUAAAAGUACAAUGCCCUCUGUUGUACCAUGAGCACCGUAGGUGGGCUGUACAUUACUACUGACACUACAGGGCUGAGAAGGGAUCUUGGGAUUUUAGCACGAAUGCACGAUUCGUCCUGCCUGUACAGUUUUAAACCGUUGAUGCUGAAAGUAUUGUGAUGGAAUCUGCUGUAAUGUACAAAUGUUUCUAAUGGACUUUGGCCUUUUAAAAAAAAAAAAAAAUCAUGAGCACUUAAGAGUGAAUAGCUGUGACUUUGAGGCUCAGGACAUCAUGAGUCAGGAUUUGGGAAGCUGUUGUGGAUUUGCACAAGUUGUCUGAGACGCAGAUGAGGACUACUGACUGAGGAGGGAAGAAGCACACUUCCAAUGCCGUUUCAGCCUCGUGGCAUAAAACAUAACCCCUGGUGCACUCUCGAAUAUGUUUGUUGAGUACGCUGAUGCACCGUGCUGUGUUUUUAGUGGAAUACCCAUCAAUUUGUGAUUUGGCAAUGCUCGGUGUAGAAAUAAAGGCAAAGAAAGUGUUUUCACAUGAAUCAAGAUCCAUUUAAUAAAAUCCAAUGCAUACAUGCAUGAGUUGAGAUCAUGCUUUGUUUUCCGUACUUGAGCCAUUUUACAUGAAUUAUUCAAUAAAUUAGUUUGAAAUAAAUACAGAGCUUUAUUAUUAUUAUCAUACACACAGCCAUGACAGAGCGAACAGGAGCCCGAUGCAUAGCAUUCUGAGAGUGCAAAGAAUCAGCCACGGAUGUGCCACAGAUACAGUAUACAGAUAAGUGACUAAGGAGGAUGGAAGCGGAGAGACUCGGAUACUGAGGUGCUCAGAUCAGAUUUAAAGACCGACCUCAAACUGGGGGGAGUCAAGACCACAACCACAGGAAGUAGAAACAGUGAGAAAGAUCAUCGAAUGUUCAUGUUCGUUUCUACAAUGUACAUAAGAAGAAUGAGAGGUGAAGCAGGCUGGCGGUGAGUCUGUGACCAUUUGUUUUCUCGAAAUGUUCAGAGGCAUGACAAAACAGGAAGUGACAUCAUUGGGUAACUGCUCUGCUCUUGCACAUUGUAAAGAUAAUCCCUUCUGGCAGUGUGGUCGCCCUCGCUCUCUGCCUCUAAUCCAGGAUCAGGGAUUGACUGCGUGGGCUCGACGCCGCUCUAAUCUUUGUGGUCCUCUCGUCCACUGAAACACGUCAAAGCAGACCAGGCGGCACUGCAAUCCGCUCCCUUUACAAAAGUUCGUUUUUCCUCUAGGUUAGUGUUCUCGAGAAAACAUCUCAUUUUGAAAAGUCUACAUAUUAAAAGCCUGUACACACAAAUAAUAGAAAAAUAAAACACUGCAUUCAGCUUGCCUCUGAAUAGACUAGCAAAGUAAUUAACAUUGUUCGAUUCAUUCUAGUUUAAUGAGACAGUCAUAGAAAAAGCCUAAGUGAGUGUCACAACUCGGCUGAAUCUGAAGUUUAGGGUGGCGGUAUGAUUCUUGGGACACCUGUAAGACAGUUGAAUGGUAAAAUAGCUCAUCAGGUUACAAAGUUUUUGUCAACCACAUUGAAGGAAAAAAAAAGCCUCUAAAUCCAGACAACUCUGGCCUCAAAGGUCGCUACCAAUACUUCUUAUUACCAUCAAGUAAAAGGUGCUUCUGUAGAGAAUGAAACCCAUUACAAUAUAGGAAUAAUUCAGAUGAAUGUGAAAAGGUGUAGGCUGAGGUGGGAAAGCAAUGGAAUGAAAAGGUGGAACCACAUGGACUGAUGAGGAAGAUGAGAAAGAGGGAUCCAUGGUGAAAUGGAAAACGUUAGCCUUCCUGAUGUCCAGUUAAUGGAAUGGAAAACAAGGUGAUCCAGUAGGACAGAGAUAACAAAAGACAGAGAGCAGUGAGGGUGACAUCAAGCAGGUCUACUGGUUCUUCUUGUCUUCUGGUGGGGAGUAGGGAGGAGGCUUGUCCUGUGGAGAGAGGAGAGUUAUGGUUUGAGACAACACACGCUCAGUGAAAUCUGGUCUGCACUUGCUGGCGCUCGAUUGUAGAACUCGAGGAUCGAUUCGUUUCACUGAGCCAUCCACAGAGGGUGCUUUAUGGGCGGGAAUUACAAUUCUGCAACUAUUGUAAAGAUAUUUAAUAAAAGACCAGAAACAAAUCUAUCUAAUUAAAAACGUUCUAUUGUAUAUUGAGCGCCAUCCAUUCAAGCAUUGCAAAAAAGGCCCGUCAGGUCGAGAGCACCCAAAAAGCACCUGAGCGGACGCCAUCCCUUUAUUUCUAGCGCCAUCUGCUGGAACCCUCCAACACCACAGCUUCACUUAUACAGCGCAUUUGUGAUAGCGCACAGCUUUAGACCGUUUCCCAGCCUUCAUUCAAUAAGCCUUGCGGUAAACAGGGAAUGCCACAUGUUAUGCCUACUAUGUCUACGAAGCUCCACAACUUGAGUAUCGAUUAAUUUGAUGAUCUGUCAUAUUGUGUGCUACUGUACCACAAAUCCCUUUUGAAAUUAAUCUUAUUCAAGAGGGUGGUCUUUCAAUUUGAGGGCAUGACUCGUUGAUUUUUACAUUCAAAUUUUGUAAUGCUUCCCCUCAAAACCCUGCCCUUGCACUCAAAUAGCCCGUGCUUUUUUCCACCCAUAGGAGCGCACGGAGUAAGUGUGAGAAGGGCCGAGUCUGUGCAAGCAACAGUAUAUCUGAGUGCAAGCAUACAGUUUGAGCAGAAGCAGAGCAAAUGUAAGCAUAAGCAGAGGCUAUUUGAGUGUGAGGAAAGGGUUUUGAAGGAAAGCAUUGCAAAAUCUGAACAUGAAAUCAAUGAGUCAUACUCUCAAAUUGAAAGACCACCCUCUUGAAUAAAGAUCAGAAAAAAAGCCCCAAAAUAUCCUUGCAUCACUCCUUUACGUUGUAGUUCCUGAUGCACAAUAGAUACCACCUCAUCCAUAUUAGUGUGUUGCUUUCCUCUGAAUCAGGCGGCAACCUCUGGGUCAUGAAAGUGAAGCCAAUGCAGAAGUGCCUUAAACCUCUCUACUGAC